AUGCUUUUCUUGCGAUCGAUCGCACGUAAGUCGUCGAAACUGAUCGUUCAAUAUAAUCCUUCUCGUUGCGUGCGUUCGUAUUCUUCUUUGGGAGUGGCAAAAUCCUUAGCGGAACUCAACCGCUUGGGAGAAACGGCGACAAAACUCCAUCUGGAUUCCAGCACAGAUAUCGUGUGCAACGACAUCCAGUGCGAACGGGUGACGAAACCGUGCGCGUGUAAACUCGCCGUCGCGCUCGAAAAAUCCGGUAAAAACUUACGAGAAGUUGAUCUGAGCAACAAUAACUUGGACGUAAUUCCGGAGAGUUUGUUCGAGAACUGCCAGAAUCUCGAACGGUUGUCCUUGAGGAAUAAUAAGCUCACCGUGGAAGCGAUUGGGAAACACUACAAGCUGAGAAAGUUGAAACUGCUAGAGUUAGGAGGGAACCCGGGGAUGGAAUUAACCGUAGAGUGCUACAAUCGUUUGGCGAAGAGGAACGUGAAAGUGAGAGUUUAA